CAAGUUUCUGAGUGAGUGGCAGAGUUCUGGCCGAGGGGCUUAGGGAGAGCCAACAGACCUCGAAUUCCCUAAAAGGACAGCAGCUAAAGAGACACUGAGAUACACGAAUAGACUUCAGUCAGGCGGAGGCAGAAAGAGUUCUUUGCGCUUCAGUUGCUCAGAGCCGCUCUCCACUUCAGCACCAAGGACAGCGGCUAACACCAACUCAACGUCAAGUAGCAUCUGAUUUCAGGAUCCGACGCGAUGGUGAUCAGGCUCAGCUCCCAUUUCGUGACAUUUUUCGCUCUCUGUAAUGUUCUCUAUUCCCGGGGAUCGGGAUUCCCGGUGCUUGGAACCUACUCAAACUUGAGACUGGGGAAUGCUGUAGGAUUGGAUGGCCAGUCCAAUGAGGAUCAGUCACAAUCACCAGCAAAAUCCGACAGUGACAUUUACCAAAGCCCCUUGUCUGACAGUGACCAGCUCUAUUACCAGUUGUCCGCAGGCAUCCCGAGAACAACGCGACACGCAGAUGGACUUUUCACCAGUGAGUACAGCAAACUGCUGGGCCAAUUAUCUGCCAGAAGAUAUCUGGAAUCACUGAUAGGAAAGAGAGUCGGUGCUCUGGAUGAGCAGAUUCCAGUCAAACGCCACUCCGAUGCUGUCUUCACCGAUAACUACAGUCGGAUCCGGAAACAGAUGGCAGUGAAAAAAUACAUCAAUACCUUAUUGGCUGGCAAGAGAAGCCAAGAAGACCUAAACCCAACCAAUCUCUCAGACACACCCCCAAUUGUUGAGAAUUAUGACAGUGUGACGGUUGAUGAGUUUUUGAGCCAGCUUCCAACUUUGAAUCUCUGAAGAACAUCGUACUUAUUGAGCUGAAAACUACAUACAGCCUUUUUCCACUAUUAAUCAAGAGUGAAAUACCUUCAGUGUCAAACUCCAAAAAUAAUAUGUUGUGUAGUGAAAGUCUUGGUGACCUAUUUAGUUCCUUGUAAAUGAGUUACUGUUUAUACACUGUAAAUAACAUCCUUUUUUGUCAACCUCUGCCUAAAAGUUGUAUAUAUCUAUUAGCUUUGGAUUGACAUAUUGUCUGCAUAGUUACACAUUCCUAUAUUGCCUCAACCCCUAAUAAAUGUAUUGAAUGCAGCAUGGGAAAGCCAUACUAUUAACUUGCAUUGUAAACACACCCAUUGUGUUCAAGGCUGUUCAUGAAAUGUUCCAUUUGUCAUUGUCUUUAGACUAUAAACUCUGUUGAAUUAUA